GUGAGCCGGUCAAGAUGGCGGCGGCACUGCCGAGACGGAGCAGCCGCUCGGCUUAAUCGAUCAUUUUCUCUAAAUCACAGGGGCAGAUCGGAUUCAAACCGACCGAAUCGUGCGGCGAAACUGUGCGAAACCAACCGCGGCCUGCGAUAACCGACGUGAGAUCCCAUCGCGUUAAACCCGGCGUUUUUUCACGGAAAUGCUCUCACUCUAGUUUGUGUCUCGUCCAUUAGCCGUAUUGGGGAGAAUGGGAGAAAAGCUUGAGUUAAAGCUGAAGUCGCCGGUCGGAGCCGAAGCUGCAGGCUAUCCGUGGCCCUUACCUAUAUAUGAUAAACAUCACGAUGCUGCACAUGAAAUCAUUGAAACUAUUCGCUGGGUGUGUGAAGAGAUCCCAGACCUUAAGCUGGCCAUGGAGAAUUAUGUUCUCAUCGACUACGACACCAAGAGCUUUGAGAGUAUGCAGAGGCUAUGCGAUAAGUACAACAGAGCUAUUGACAGCAUUCACCAACUGUGGAAAGGGACCACCCAACCCAUGAAACUCAACAAGCGGCCUUCCAACGGCCUGCUGCGUCACAUCCUGCAGCAGGUCUACAACCACUCCGUCACCGACCCAGAGAAACUCAACAACUACGAGCCGUUUUCUCCCGAGGUGUACGGAGAGACCUCCUUCGACCUGGUGGCUCAGAUCAUUGAUGAGAUGGAGAUGAUGGAAGACGACACCUUCGUGGACCUGGGCAGUGGAGUUGGUCAGGUAGUCCUGCAAGUCGCUGCAGCCACUAACUGUAAACACUACUACGGCGUGGAGAAGGCAGACAUUCCAGCAACCUAUGCAGAGUCAAUGGACAAGGAGUUUAAGAGAUGGAUGAAGUGGUAUGGCAAAAAACACGGCGAGUACACGCUUGAAAGGGGAGAUUUCCUUUCAGAAGAAUGGAGGGAUCGAAUAGCCAACACAAGUGUUAUUUUUGUGAAUAACUUUGCCUUUGGUCCUGAGGUGGACCACCAGCUGAAGGAACGUUUCGCCAACAUGAAGGAAGGUGGAAAAAUUGUAUCCUCAAAACCUUUUGCACCUCUUAACUUCAGAAUAAACAGUCGAAACUUGAGUGAUAUUGGCACAAUAAUGAGAGUAGUUGAGCUGUCCCCUCUGAGGGGAUCUGUUUCAUGGACGGGGAAGCCAGUGUCGUACUAUCUGCACACGAUAGACCGCACCAUACUUGAAAACUAUUUUUCUAGUCUCAAAAAUCCUAAACUCAGGGAGGAGCAGGAGGCAGCCAGAAGGCGCCAGCAGAAGGACAGUAAAGAGAAUAAGAGCAACACCACCACCCCGACCAAGCCCAAGGAGCACAAGCAGGCGCAGCAUGACUCUGGUGGUGAGGAGCAGCGCUCAAACUCGCUCGUGCCAGUUAAACCGUCACCCAAACCCCGCCGGGCCAAGCUGCUGCCCAGGGGCCGUAAGCUCGGCAACAGGAAGCGCGGGCGGCCUAAGAAGGCUGCUGCUGCUACUGCAGCCGAGCGCAAGAACAAGAAGAGCCAGAGCGCCCUUGAUCUGCUGCACGCCAAGACCCUCUCAGCGGCCCCCCCUCAGGAUGCAUACAGGUCACCUCAGAGUCCGUUCUAUCAGCUACCUCCCAAAGUGCAGCAUUAUACAUCGAGCCAGCUUCUCAUGGGCCCCACUCCUCCAGGCCUGCAGGCUCUGCUCGAUAACGUGAAGGUCCAGUACCUGCAGUUCAUGGCCUACAUGAAGACACCACAGUACAGGACCAACCUGCAGCAAGCCCUUGAGCAGGAAAAGCUGAGACACACAGAACUGUCGGGUCAAGCCCAGCAGCUGCUUAACGCUUGUCAUGCUCAUAAGGAGAAGAUCCGAGACCUUUUCCAGUCCAAACUGGAGGAGCUCGGCGUGAAGGCGGUGACCGUGGAGGACCUGGUACAGGCUCAGAAGGAGAUCACGGCCCACAACAUGCAGCUGAGGGAGCAGACCAAACAGCUGGAGAAGGACAUGAUGGAGCUCCGCGAUCAGAGCCUGGUGCUGCUGAAGGCUCGCUGCGAGGAGCUCAAGCUGGAUUGGGGAUCUCUGUGUCUGGAGACUCUGUUGAAAGAGAAAGCGGCUCUUAGAAGACAAAUCUCGGAGAAACAGCGCCACUGUCUGGAGCUCCAGAUCAGCAUCGUUGAACUAGAGAAGAGCCAGAGGCAGCAAGAGCUCCUGCAGCUCAAGUCUUACAACCCGUGUGAGGAGACUCCCUACCAAAAGGCCCUUCCCGGUCCAGAGCCCCGGCCCCCACUGGAUUCCGACACCCCCAAACUCACCCCACACUCCUCUGUGGGGCUCAACGGCCUCAGCCCCGAGCUAUCCGUCAACGGCACAGCCUCGCCGGGUUACGAGAGAGGCGGUGGCAACUCAAUGGGCAAAAACGAGCUCCUCACCCGCUAUCUGCCUAUUUCCCCUGACCACGAAAUUGUGCCGCCCACCCCAGACUCAAGAACCAGGCAGCUAGGGCAACUUCCCGACUACACCCGCUUUUCUCCAGCUAAGAUCGCCCUUCGCAGGCACCUCAACCAAGAUUCGGCUGCCAAUCAGUUUAGAGCCCUCGGCAACAUCCACCGGGGUGACGCUGGUGCUAUUUCAUCUCCAACUCUGGGAUUAAAACAUUCUUGCUCCUCACCCAGUUCAACUGAUAUUCAAGCGACCACAACGCCCAAGAGCACAGAUAAGGAAAAGAGCCCGGCUGCCCCCGGCGACACUAUAACCAGUCUGCCAAUCAGCAUCCCCCUCAGCACUGUGCAUCCCAGCAAACUUCCUGUCAGCAUCCCACUGGCCAGCGUGGUGCUGCCGAACCGCGUAGAAAGAUUGAGGAACACUCCUAGUCCGGUUUCGAAUCCUGCAGGACAGAGUAAUGGCAAGCCGCCUCUCACGCCUACCUCAGGGUAUUCCUCCAGCUCAGGGUUGGUGAAUGGCUCUCACACGGCCAUGCUGACCGAGGACCAAGACUGUGACGCUGCAUCCCCUCCCCCUCACAGCACCCCCAUCAUGGGCCUCCAGCCUCGUGGCUCUGGCCUCAGUCCUGCUCUGGGCACCGGAGGAGUGCUGCAGUAUGCCGACGGCCCACCGAGGCUUCCACCCGAGGACGGCCAUGACCGGCAGGGCCCCGAGUCUGACACGGAGCCCUUGGACAGCGAGGCCCGUCGCCGUAUCUUUUUCUCCUCGUCCUCUUCUUCCUCCUCAUCUUCGUCCUCCACAGGAGGCUCAAGGCUCCACCACGGGUCGGUAAAGCAGGGUCACCAUCAUCACAGUAAGCACCAUCACCAUCAUCACCACCACCAUCAUCACUCUCCGAGCUCCCACAGCCAAGAGGGGCGGAAACGAGGGCGUCGGAAGCGCAGCUCUUCUGGCGCCAUUCCCCUUAGCGUAUCCCCCAAAAGACGGCCAUUUCCAGGACUUGGCUGCUCAAGCCAUUCUUCUGGAUCACCACUUAAUAUCAAUUCAAUGGUGAACAACAUAAACCAGCCUUUGGAGAUCUCGGCCAUCUCUUCCCCAGAGCAGUCGGGACGAAGCCCAUGCGGGACAGAUCUAGAUCAGCCUCCUGUGCUCAAAAGAGAGCGUCCCCUGGAUCUCAAUAACACAGGUCGUUAUUCUUCCACUCCUAGUUCAGAUGAAGAGGGCGGCAAUUUUGCCCCGGACACCUCUAGUUCAAGCCGAAUUGAGAGGAAAAUCGCCACCAUUUCCUUAGAUCGAGAUGGACCCAUCAGAGAUGUGGAAAGGGGCUCGCACGGACGUAAAUCAGGUGCCAGUAGCGUGAGUAGUGAGGUAUCAUCUUCCUCUGGAGCCAGCAAGUGGAAAUCCACCUUCUCCCCAAUCUCUGACCCCAAACCAACUCCUCCGGAUCUCCGCCAGGGUGGCUCGCCAUUCGGUGUGAGUGCUUCCCGAUGCGGUACGGACUCUGACUCGGACCAGAAACCGCAGAGGAGAGGGGGACGUGAGCGUGAGGCCUACGGGAACUCGAACCUCUUCCUCAGUCAAGAUGGCGGCGGUCGCUCAGUCGUCAGCUCGUCUGAGCGGCCGCUGCAGAAACAGAAAUCGCGUGAGUGGGACCUGAAGUCUGUAAGUGGAUUGGCCAGCCAGAACCUCUUUAUAUCCGCUGCGGCCAGUGGAGGCAUCUUGAGUGGGAAAGUGGGUGGGGCUGCCACAGUUUCGUCCGCCUCCUCAGUCGGACAGUACUUCCCCCUGGCCGGGGCUUCGGUCCUACAGUCCUGGACGCCCGGACCGGCCACCGGCGGAGCUCCCCGAUUGGUCAACGGACAUUCAGCGCUCAGCAGUUUCUCCAGCGCCGGGCUGGCAGGGGGCGCUGCAGGAGGGAUAUUUCACCACAUGGUGCCUUCAGUCUCCUCACAGCAGUCUGGGGCCAAUCUCCCGGGCCCCGGGGCCCUCAGUUCCCAGCAGAGGCAUCUGGACGCGAACCCCAAAGCGGGGGCCUCGUUCUUGGCCUCUGGCCCCUCUCAGCACAGCCGCACACAGACAGUCCUACACGCCCCUCCCCGCCCACCCUCGCCCUCCCUCCGCCCCUCUCCUCCUGAGCGCGCGUCCUCCGCCUCCACCCCGUCCCAACCUUCCUCCCCGCGCUCCGAGCGCCACCAGUCCUCAAGGCCGCAGUCGUCCCUCCCCGCCUCCACCUCCUCCUCCCCAUCUCUGGCCGCCACAUCUGCUUCCUCCGCCUCCUCCGCUUCCUCCCGGCCCUUCACAGUGCACUAUCCCCUGCACCUGCCGCCUCCCCACCCUCCCGGCAGCGCAGGUUCAGGUGGGGCUGGGACGUCCUGGAGGACUCUGGGUAUGCAGGCGUCCUACGCGGCGGCCUCGCAGAUCCCCGGCAAUCGCCCCAGAUAGGCCACGUCCGGGCGUAGCAGGGUGGGGGGAGGGUGGGGGCGGUUUGACGUGGAAAGUAGACUAUUACUAGACGGACACAGGGAAGCUACUGCGCUCUGCCAGCUCUAAUGUUAUGAGUCCCAACAAGGUAACUGAAGAAAUCUACCUCAACCCAACAUAACCUAUGCAAUGGACAGGUGUGGACCAAUGGGCUCGACUCGCUCACCGGUGCUCAAACGUUUGCUAAAAGACGCCACUGUAAAACUGGCAUGGGUAUCAGAACUUAUCACAGGUGCAGCUUACACACACACACACACACACACAGAGCCCCUGAACCCCAUUCAGAUCGACACAGUAUGCGGCUUCCUUGUUUUCCCCGAGUGUUUUAAGGCGACACCAUGUUGGGCCGACGCUAACAGCCGUUCAUCAGUUAUUGUGAGUUUAACACGGCCUUACCGGUGGAUGCUUUACUUAAUUUGCAGCCAUCUUUUGGUGGAUUCACAGUCGAUGACGCAGGAAGCGGUUUUUAAAUGUCAGGAAUAUGAUUACAGUCAGUCUGGUUUUAAUACGCACUAAAAAAAGAGGCUAGUGUGAAUCUCUGUAACCUCGCUGCUGUUAUCAGCGGAAAGAAAUGUGGCUUUUUGUGCUCGACGACUCCUAUUCGGAUGGUCUCCGUGAAGCCCCUGGAGCCUGUAGCGGGACGUCACCCGUACAGCCGGAGCUUGUGCUGUGAAAUCGUUGUUAACGCGUCUGUCAGCUUGGCUUGGGCAUUUUAACUUCUCCUCAUAUUAAUUAUUUGCCUUGUAAGCUGAAAUAUAUAGGAAACCACAAGCUGCUUCUGUAUAAGGGGGAAUCUCUAAAGUAAUAUUUCACCUCAAAGACGACGUUAACGCUUCAUAUCGAAACAGUUACACACAUUUUCCCAGAUUCUCAUUAUAAUAAUGUAAAAUAUGCAUAUGAUGUGCAUCGGUCGUGUUCUGUAAUUCAUUCAAUGUUUUUAGAAUUAAUAAAUUGCAAUACUAUUUUGAAUUGCAGUAUGUUUGUUUUUUUGUUUUUUUUUUUUUGUAAAAAUGUUUAUAACAUUUUUGCAUUAUAAUAUUAGGAGGUGAAAUUGAUUGUCAUAAAUCAAGCCACUACAAAAAUUAGUAUUAGCGUUGAAUUUUUUUCACGUCAUUUUUGGGGUGAAAUAUGACCAGGCACGUUCUUGAUGGGCUUCACGAGAUGCAUCGGUUAAAUAAUUUCGUUUUAUUUUUUACACUGGACAAUUAACCUGUGGAGCUGUUAACGACGAACGUAUCAAAACAGCAUGUCAUUUUUAAAAUGUAAGCUUUUAUUAAUCAAAGGGAAAAAUGUUCAUUUUACAUGCAUGUAAAAAAAAAAAAAAAAAAAAAAAUGAAACCAACACACACGCACCUUCCAGGAAUACACGAUUAAAAGCCAAUCUGCAGGGAGAGAAGCGGUUAGAGCCACAGAAUGAGUGACAAGCCUGUAAGGAGCUGUUGAAUCAGGUUAGUUUCUUUAACUAGCAGAUCUUAUUGAAUCACUACGUUUACCGUUCGCUUUUGGUUUAGGGCCCUGUUUCAAUACUCAAGCUUCCAUGUUCCUAACGGUUACUGCUGAACCUUUAAUACGAUGCACAUAUUUUGUUCAAUCGGAACGCGGUGUCUUACGCGGUACAGGCUUAUUCAGGUGAAUCUGGUGCUGAACCAUGUUCCUCGCAGAUUUCAUAGGCGUUUUCCUUCGGAUGACCAAAUCCGAUGCCGUCGUGGUGCUCUUCGCAAACCUGGAAAACCAGCACGCGCUCGUACAUACAAACACACUGAUGAAAAGAUGUACACACACUGGGAAAUUGCAAGAUCACAAAACGACAUAAAACUACUGGGCAACUUCAACUCAUCCUUUUGUUUCUCUCUUAUUGCUUUGUGUAUGAUUUUUUUUUUUUCUGUACUGUGAAUGGUAGUCUCUCUCGGACUGUGUAAUUGUGUAUAUAAUUUGGGUUAUUUAUCGUUUUAAUUUUCUGUCUUUUUUUUUGUUAUUUCUUUUGGUUUGUGAUUGCUCUCGUUUUGUAUCGGAGCAGAGCACAACAUGUGCAAAGUGUAUGUACUUGACUCAGUCUAAAAAAAAAAAAAUGGUGCUACAAUCUGUACAACUUUAGACUGUGCUUAUUUAUAUUAAGAUCAUCAUCGACAACGACAACAAAAGAAAUGAAUAAAGAUUUUUGGUGCUUCUUUUACACAGGGAUGUUUGCGAGCCUUGCGGCAUUUAUUUUUUCAAUAUUUAUAAUGUAUUAUUUGGCGCCCAGCAUGAAGCAUCCCCUGCCUGUUUGGAUCAGUGCCGUUUUUAUAUACGAGAAACACCUUUUGGUCUUAAUCGAACUUAAAGAAGCAUGAAAGUACAUUGCAGAACUUUAUAGGACGAUAUAACUUUUUCAUUUGAAGUAUUUACUUCAAUGGUGCUCCGAAAUCGACCUGCGUGACGGGUAGUGAAUGCUUUGAAUCACACGCGCGGCACACUGUUGAAAUCGGUGCCGCGUGGCGUUUCGUAACAAUUUUUGAUUUCUCGUAAAGGAGAACACGUGCUAAGCCUGUUUUGCUUACCGUCUUGGGCCCGUACGGCUCGGUGCUGUUUCUUAAAACCGCGGUUUUUCUUCGCAGAUGUAACGCAGACAGCUUCAUCUUACACAAACUGGUGCUGACGUUCACGCAGAUGUCGAAAAUGAAUACGCCCGUACCAAAACCUACGAUCCACUAUCGAAGCCUGUCCUAGAGCGCGUCAUGUAAACCUAGAGUUUGAGCCUAUUGCGUAUCGUGAUGUAAAGUUGUUCUGAUGUGACCAGUCGUAGAUUUGGCUAGUGUUUUUGUCAGUUGGCUAGUACUAGUGGUUGACCGAUAUGGGUUUUCCAAUGACUGUUAUCAUAUCUAGAGAAUAGGCUAAUAUAAUGUUAUUUAAUGUGUUAUUCUGCGGAACACGAAAAUGCUCGUAGAACGAAAGGCAAAGGGGUCCAAAAUUUGGAAACCAUUGACUUUUUGUAUGAGAUUUCCGCCUGCCCGAUAUAUCGGUCUAUCACUAACUGGUACAGCGUUAAAAAAAAAAAAUAAUUUUUUAAAUUGUCAUUGGCGUACAACAUCGCCAAUUUGAAGACAAAGCAGGAGUGGACGUCCUCAUUGUUUUGCGUCCUUAUUUCCUUUUAUUGUGUUUUUGUUGCUUAAGUAUGUGCUCAAGGAAAAUUCAACCUCACCUAAGCUUUAGUCAGAAUGCUGUGUAAUAGACUAUGGUGUAUAAUAAUAUUAAAAAACAAAACAAAAACAAUGUGUAAAUGGUCUUUCUCCAAUUAACACGAGGACAUUUGGAUGAAAUAGGAUAUUGACCAGUACAUGAGUACAUUGUUACCAGCACUGAGGGUUUUUUUGUUUUUGUUUUUUUUUGUUUUUUAAUAGCAAUUAAUAAUCAUUGUUAAUGUUACCUGUUUUAAUGGCCAAUUUGUGUUUUGAUAUCUUUGCGACUGUUUAUCAAUGAUGGUUUUAUGAUUUCAUGAUCCUGACCAUUUGGAUACUCUAUAAAACAGUAAGGUGCUCUCCUACACUUUAAACAAGGAAAAUGCAGCUAUAAAAAUUCAAGCACCUCUUGCAUUACAAGGAGUAACUAUUUAAUAAAAUCAGCGCAAGCUUUGCUUGUUUUACUUUG